AAGGCAGGCGGCAAAAGGAAGUCAGUAGCAAAUCAGCAACGUCAAGCUUCACAUUAACUUCCUGAUCAGCCAAACCAGCAGUUAUUAUGUCGUCGACCAAUGAAACCAACCAAGUGCUGCAGCGCCUGAACAGCCUGAAAAUCGUGGAAACCCCAAAGGAGCAGAAGGAAUUUGGAAAACGCGAGUGCUACUCCCUGGACAGCAAGAAGUAUUCCCUGGUACCAGCCACCCCCAGCAGCUCAGGACACGGAAAGUUCCAAACCGAGCUCAAAAAACGUCGCAAGAACAAACUGAAUCGCCUUUACACUUACGAGGCUGACAAGAAUUUCAUCAAGGCGCGCAAGUCUUUAAACUUCUAAUCAUAAUACG